UAUAAACACGCCGACGUUGAACGUUUUUGAUUCCGAACCACGUGUGUUCCGGUAUUGUGGCAUUUUGAACGGGAAUAGUUUUAUACACAUCAGUCCUUUCAUAUUUAGGGCAUUUAUUAUAUGCUGCGUGCGUUUACCAAACUUUGUAGGAAGACUGGGACCGCGAAAUCUACGAAUCUGUUCAACUUUACAGGUGACAUUCCGAUUUCGUGCUACGUGAAGCUACAUGAAACAGUUUCAGUGAUUUCAGGCCGGUCACAGUGCACCAUGUCUGGUGAACCAUUGACAAAGAAGGUUCACCAAGAGGAGGAUUCUAGCAAGAUUGGGACUCAUAACGGCACAUUCCACUGUGACGAUGCUCUUGCCUGCUUUCUCCUGAAGCAAUUGCCACAGUAUCGAAACGCUGAGAUCGUGAGAACCCGUAACCAGGAACUUCUGGCUACCUGCGAUGUCGUCGUCGACGUCGGAGGAGUCUACGAUCCGUCAAAAAAUCGCUACGAUCAUCAUCAAAGAACGUUCAAUGAAACCAUGAAUUCGUUAGACUCUUCGAAAAAGUGGACGACGAAACUGAGCAGCGCCGGCCUCGUGUACUUCCACUUUGGCCGCGACAUCAUUGCAGAAGUCCUGAACUGGAACAGUGACGACAAAAAGAAUUUGGAAAAAAUUUACGACAAGGUGUAUGAGAACUUCAUCGAAGAGGUGGAUGCCAUCGACAAUGGUAUUCAUACACACGAUGGUGAACCAAGGUAUCGCAUUUCGACUAACCUCAGCUCAAGGGUGGCGCAUCUCAACCCAUCAUGGAACACUCCGAACCAAGAUUUUGAUGCAGGAUUUGAUAAGGCAAUGAAACUGACUGGUGAAGAAUUUCUCGAGCGUGUUCAUUUCUAUUAUAAUACCUGGAUGCCAGCGCGGAACUUGGUCUUAUCAGCAGUCAACGCACGAAUCAAGGUUGAUAACAUGGGUAGCAUCAUGGAAUUAAAUCAAGGAGGCUGUCCAUGGAAAGAUCAUUUGUUGGACAUCGAAAAAGAACUGGGCAUAGAGGGCGAUGUGAAGCUUGUCAUCUACACUGAUCAAGAGGGCUCGUGGAGGGUACAAGGCGUACCUCCAGUUCUUGGGUCUUUUGAGUGCAGAGUCUAUCUCCCAGAAAAGUGGCGUGGUCUUAGAGACGACAAGCUCUCGGAAGAAAGUGCAAUCAAAGGCUGCAUAUUUGUGCAUUCGAGCGGUUUCAUUGGUGGAAACAAGACGCGGGAAGGAGCCCUCGAAAUGGCCAUGCAUACUUUAAAGGCACACUCAUUGUAGUUUUUAUAACAUAAGUCAAAAUAAAAGGCUUUGUUGACAGGA